AUGCAGCGCUCAGCUUUCCUCAUACUGUCGUUUUUGAGCGUCUUUGCCUUUGCCUGGCCCUACGAUAAACCACUCGCUAAAUACAAUCUCAACGAAAACAAAUCCGCCGAAAGCCCCAUCGAUUAUUGGGGAGCAUGGCCGGACCAUGAUUAUCACCCGUCGCCAGAUAACUGGCGCAUGCCUACAUAUACAAUCUUUUUGGACCGUAUAGCCAACGGCGACCCGACCAAUGACGAUAUCAACGGGACCGCCUUUGAGCAUGUGGUCAACUCCAAUCAGAUGCGCCAUGGAGGUGAUUUGGAGGGGUUGAUAGAUACGUUGGACUACAUCCAGGGAAUGGGAUUCAAGGUCAUCUACUUCGCCGGAACGUACUUGAUGAACUUGCCCUGGGCCUACGAUGGGUACUCGCCGGUCGAUACCACCCUCCUUGACAUGCAUUAUGGAACACUGGAUGACUGGAGGCGGACCGUGGAGGAGAUUCACAAACGGGAGAUGUAUGUGUUGGUGGAUAACACACUGGCAACAAUGAGCAACCUCAUCGGAUUCAAAGGCCAUCUGAACGAUUCCGCCGAUUUCAAAGCAUCUGAAUAUGAAGUCCAAUGGGUCACCGACCGAGAAUAUGCCGAUUUCAACUUCGGUAACGACUAUAACGAAUCUUGCAGCUAUCCCAAGUUCUGGGAUGAGACUGGAUAUCCAUUAACCACCUCGGGCGUCCAAAAUUUGAAGGGUUGCUAUAACAGCGAUUUCGAUCAAUACGGAGAGCUUGAGGCAUUCGGUAAUUUCCCCGACUGGCAGCGUCAACUUACCAAGUUCGCCUCCGUGCAGGAUCGUCUACGUGAAUGGCACAAGCCGGUCCGCGAUGUGAUCACUCAACAUUCCUGCCUCCAAAUCGCGAGUCUAGACAUCGACGGUUUCCGCUUCGAUAAGUCUGUGCAAUCGACCCUCGAGCCCCUGAGUGAGAUGAUGGCCGUCUACCGUGAAUGCGCGCAGGCACUCGGCAAGAAAAAUUUCUUCCUCCCCGGCGAGAUCACAUCUGGAGACAGCUUUGGCAGUCUCUACCUCGGCCGCGGCCGCCAACCAAACCAGCGUACAGCCAACGCAGGCGCGGGUAUCAAGAUCACGAACAGCUCGGAUGGGGCGUUCCUGAGAGACGAUGGGCUGCAAGCUUUGGAUGCCUCCGCAUUUCACUAUACCAUUUACCGUUCGAUGACCCGUUUCCUAGGCAUGGACGGUAACCUGGUUGCUGGCUUUGAUUUGCCUACCGAUUUCAUCGAAGCCUGGAAUGAGAUGCUCAUCACUAACGAUUUCCUCAAUGCAUUCACAGGAGAAGUUGAUCCGAGACAUAUGUAUGGUGUCUCGAACCAGGAUAAUUUCCGCUGGCCAGCUCUCCAAAAUGGCACAGAUAAAUACCUCCUGGGUUUGUACAUCAUCACAUUGGAGCUGCCUGGAAUCCCUCUCAUCUUGUGGGGAGAAGAGCAGGAGAUGUACGUGUUUGACGCUACCGCAGCGAACUAUAUGUUCGGUCGGCAACCCAUGACGUACCAAACCGCGUGGUGGACACAAGGCUGCUUCAACUUGAACACCUCAAAGUUCUACGAUUUCCCCAUCGAAAAGGGUCGCGAUGGCUGCAAUGAUAUCACUGUCACGUACGACCAGCGGAAUCCCGCCCAUCCACUGCGUAACAUCAUGAAGCGCAUGUUCGAGAUCCGUGCGCAUUACCCGGUCGCCAUGGAUGGCUUGUACCUCGAAACACUCUCCGAACUGACACAAGACAUCUACCUCCCUGGUUCUUCUACCACCCCCACGGUCACUGGCCUUUGGUCUGUCCUGCGAAGCUAUUUCCCUGCGGUACAAACAGACGCGAUCCUGGCCAACGAAACUCUAUGGCUUGUGUAUCAGAAUGGAAACUCAACCGUCACAUACGGGGGCAACUGCAGCGAUAAGAAUACGUCCUUAUUGGCUCCAUUCGACUCAGGGACAAAAUUGAAGAACCUCUUUUAUCCUUACGAUGAGCUCACCUUGCAGGAUGGCCCCGCCAAGGCAGACAACGUCAACCUCUAUGGAUGCGUCAGGAAAAUGGAGCUGCUUCCAUGGGAAUACCGGGCCUAUGUCAAGAGCUCCAACUUCGUCGAACCCGGCCCUACCGUCACCGAUUUCUAUCCCGGACAUGAUACUCGGUUGCUAUCUUCAGAAGACACGGGCGAAACCCUGCCCAUUCAGCUUGGAUAUUCCAAGGCAAUGGACUGUAGCAGCAUCACAGAAGCCAUUUACCUAAAUUCUACAACAGAGAAAAACAUCACCGCCGUGCUUGAUACGGAUAGUGUCAAGUGCGCCAAUAUCUCUGCCAGGACCACCAGCCAUAACUUCACCGGCGAAAUCCCGACUGUUUGGACAUGGUCUGCAAACCUGAAGAACGUCCACCACGGAAUCCACCAACUAACUGUCCAAAAUGUUUCCACUUCCGGAGUUUACACCAAUGCGACCGACAAAUUCUUGAUCCGCCUAGGCGCUUCUGACAAUCCCCUGAUUUCUCCGCUUGCCAAUUACUCUACCAGCCUAGUGCAAAAGUCCAACGAUGACCUUUACAUCCAGCACAGAGCUGCCGGUGCGGACAUGUUCCGAUAUACGGCUGAUUUCGGCCUGAGCUGGACCGAUUGGACGACUUAUUCAGGUGGCAACACGACUAUUACCAUCCCAGCCUUCACAGGUACGGACGCCCAGAAGUGGGAGGGAACUCAUAUCCGGGUGCAGUACUUUUCGAGGCUCACUGGAAGCAGCGAUUACCUCCAGGAAGGUGAUUAUGCGAGCACCACAGUCCGAAGAUUCCCGCACAUUUGGUUCAACGGCCCAUAUAACCAAUAUGGCUAUGAUGCAGGAAUGGACAGCAAGAUGAAGUUCGAUUCCAAAACGUCUCGUUGGAUCUACGACUUCGUCUACGAAUGGCCAGCUGUGGGUCAGCUGAACGUUUGGGGCCAGGACAAGGAGGGCACUCCUGAUAAUACCGAGGUCUACGGUGACGUCGGCAACUCGUCUUCAGUUCAAAAGCUUCCACCGUCCUACCUCGCAUCCAACGUCAUCAACAUCACCAUUCUGCCACCGUUCCCGCAUCUUGGCUGGACCAUCUCCCUCAACGAUGGCAACCUAAGGUACGAACUGAUUCCCGUUGGAUCUGGAUGGGCCCAGUUGGUCCUCUUUAUUCUUUUCUGGGUUAUUCCGCUUGUUAUGGGCUGCGCCGGUGUUUUCAUCUUCAUCGGAAACUUCUACCGGGUCAAACUCAACCUGAAUGGCAAUGCCAUCAAGACCGAGAAGUUCCCGGUGGUGCUUUGGCGCAGAAUGAAGGGAACGUUUUCCAAAGAUAAUGUCGAGGAGAUCAAUAUGGCAGAAAAGGCCCCGCCAACAAUCAUGGGAAUGGCAGGCGCGAGCGAUCAACGACGCACUGUAUUGAUUGCCACUAUGGAGUAUGACAUUCAAGACUGGAAGAUCAAAGUCAAGAUUGGUGGCCUGGGAGUGAUGGCGCAGCUCAUGUCCCAAAAUCUGAAGCACCAGAAUCUCAUCUGGGUGGUCCCGUGUGUCGGCGAUAUUGACUACCCUGAGGAUACGCCUGUUGAACCUUUCGUGGUGACGAUCCUAGAUCAUCCCUACUCAGUCAAGGUCCAGUAUCACGUUGUCGAUAACAUCACCUAUGUUCUACUCGAUGCUCCGGUUUUCCGCCAGCAGACCAAGGCCGAGCCAUACCCUCCACGUAUGGAUGACCUUGACAGUGCAAUUUACUAUUCGGCCUGGAAUCAAUGUAUUGCAGAGGUAAUGCGGCGAACACCCUCGAUUGAUCUCUAUCACAUCAACGACUUCCACGGCUGCGUGGCACCGCUUUACCUGCUCCCGUCGCGAACUAUUCCAGUCUGUUUGUCUCUGCACAAUGCCGAGUUCCAAGGUCUUUGGGCUCUGAGGACCGCACAAGAGAAGAAAGAAGUCUGUGCUGUGUUCAAUCUCCCAGUAGAAGUGGCCACAAAAUACUGUCAGUUUGGCAGCGUUUUCAACCUGCUUCACACCGGUGCUAGCUAUUUGCGAUUCCAUCAACGCGGCUUUGGCGCAGUCGGUGUGUCCGAGAAAUACGGAAAGCGCUCAUUGGCCCGUUACCCAAUCUUCUGGAGUCUCGGCAAGAUUGGCAGUCUUCCCAAUCCAGAUCCCUCCGACACAGCCGCCCUGAAGAAAGACCCCGAUGUGCAAGUUACGGUUCAGUCUGCUGACGAGCACGCCAAUGACAAAACCCAGGCACAGAAGUGGGCUGGUCUGGACGAGGAUCCCAGCGCUGACUUGCUAGUAUUUGUCGGAAGAUGGUCUAAGCAGAAGGGAGUCGACUUGAUUGCGGAUGUUAUGCCAGCUGUCCUGUCUGCUAGACCUAAUGUCCAGCUGAUCUGCAUUGGUCCUAUUAUUGAUCUUUAUGGUAAGCUGGCCGCUAUCAAGCUCGAGCGCAUCGUGGAAAUGUUCCCAGGCCGUGUCUGCUCGAAGCCACAGUUCACAGUCCUCCCCCCCUUCGUGUUCUCUGGUGCCGACUUCGCCCUGAUCCCGUCUCGCGACGAGCCCUUCGGAUUGAUUGCCGUUGAGUUUGGUCGUAAGGGUGCACUUGGAAUUGGUUCUCGCAUUGGUGGUUUAGGCCAGAUGCCUGGUUGGUGGUACACUGUGGAAUCCGACUCAGCCCGCCAUCUCUUGCACCAGUUGAGGACCGCCAUCAAGUCCGCUUUGGACUCAACACCGGAGACCCGAAAAGAGAUGCGCGAAAACUCUGCCAAGCAGCGAUUCCCCGUUCUCGAGUGGGUUCAGAAGCUCGAGGUCUUACAGCGGACAUCUAUUCAGAUCCAUCACCAAAAGAAUCAACUCACUGUUGCAGGCACGGCACGAGACACUCAGAUCUUCUGGGAGACGCCAGCGUUGCGAGACUCUGCACUGGUCACCCGCCCUUCAUCAUUCCAGUCAGCGACGGCUUUGGAUACGCCACCACUUGGCAGAGCACCACAGCCUUUCCAGCCUUCCCUUCUGCAGCUCCAGGCUGUUGAAGCUCAAGAAAUGCAAGUGGCUGAAAGCAACAGAGGUAGCAUGCUGGGUCGAAACCUGUCCCUUGGUCGACGAUCUGGACCAGGACAUGGCAGAAAGCGUCUCUUCAGGAAGUCGCAGCGUGGGAGUCAGUUCACCGAGCCCGCCGACGGUGAUACCACGGACGCCGACGAUGAUGGUACUGCCACACCACAGGAGAAACUCAUUUCUCAAGAAGAGGCCAUGGCAGCAGUUAAUUCACCUAUGGAGUUCGGCGCGCACCCCAGACACAGCAAUCAGUCUGGCGAGUCAAUCUCGUCGACCUCAGAGUCAAUGCGUUUCAUGUCGAGGGACCCCUCUCCAGUGAGACUGACUAGGGAUCUUUCUGAUUCGGCUGUACCCUUCGCUCACGCUCCGAAUAUGUCUGUCCUCUCCUUGCCUUCUGUUGUUAAUGACCAUGAUCAACCCAAUUUCCAUCUGCAAAAGGUCGACCCGACCUUUACGGACAGCAUGGGCUACUUCACGCGGCACUUUGAACAGCAGCUCACCAACCUCAACAAGAAAAACUCAAUUUCAGAUUAUUGUAUUGAGCUUUAUCUCAUGAAGAGUGAGCGGAAGUUCUUCUACAUGUACAGCGAUGCGCAGUUGAAGAAGCAGCCCAAAGAGCGACCCGUGACUGGAAGUGGCUCGGACAAGACUGACGAGCCUGCCCCGCCGUACAGCCUCGUCACAGAGGGUCACGAAGAGUCGAAUGAGAACAAUACAGAUGAAAUUGAUCUGUGGCUCUCUCGUCUGGGAUACAAGAGACCCAUUGCCAUCCAGCGCUUCAUGAGAUGGCGUGUCGGAAACUGGCCUGUCUAUGCUCUAUUCUUGGGUCUCGGACAGAUUAUCGCCACGAACUCUGCGCAGAUCACCCUGUUGGCUGGCCAGAUUGGUGAGACGGCAGUCAAGCUCUACGUGAUCGCGGCAAUCUACUGUGUCUCUUCCAUUGCCUGGUGGUUCCUCUUCUACCGCUUCCCGUCUGUGAUAGUCCUCUCUCUCCCCUGGUUCAUCUACUGCAUGGCAUUCAUCACCAUUGGCGUUUCUCCGUUCGCUCUCUCGGACCUCGGUCAAGCGUGGGCUCAGAAUGUCGCCGCAGGUACUUAUGCCGCAGCAUCUUCCAGUGGUUCCUUGUUCUUUGCUCUCAACUUUGGUGACCAAGGUGCCGUCCCUGUGAAGGAUUGGAUGUUCCGCGCCAGUAUGAUCCAAGGAAUCUCACAGCUCUACACUGUUGCCCUGUGGUACUGGAGUUCCAGAGUCACUUCAGCGGAAGUUGGAGGUGUUUCCACGGUUGCCUUGAAUUCCUGGAGACUCUCGGCUGUGGUGAUGCCCAUUGCCGCGGUUUGUUUCAUCAUCGGUAUGCUCCUUGCCCUUGGCUUGCCCAAGUACUAUCGCCAAGCACCCGGAAAGAUCCUCUUCUUCUACACCUCCCUCUUCCGCCGCCGAAUCGUCCUCUGGUUCUUCUUCAUGGUCAUCGUCCAGAACUGGUUCCUUUCCGCCGCGUUCGGUCGAAACUGGUCAUUCCUCUGGUCCUCUCAGCACACCAAACCAUGGUACAUUGUCCUCCUGGUCCUGUUUUUCUUUAUCAUCCUCUGGAUCGCUGUGAUGCUCCUCUUCCGCUUCUUAUCCAAGGAGCACAGUUGGAUCUUACCCGUCUUCGGCCUGAGUAUCGGUGCACCACGAUGGGCGCAAACAUGGUGGGGAACAUCCAACAUCGGCCACUACCUUCCAUGGGCUGGAGGUUUAACUUCCGGCGCCAUCGCAUCCCGGUGUGUUUGGCUCUGGCUCGGCGUUCUCGACGAGAUCCAACAAGUCGGAUUGGGAAUGAUUCUCCUGCAGACUCUGACACGAGUACACGUCGUUUUCGUCCUAUUGGCCGCGCAAUCUCUUGGAUCCAUCGCCACAAUUUGUGCUCGUGGAUUCGCGCCAAACAAGGUCGGCCCAGCAAGCAUCUCCCCCGCUGUUGGAUCGUCGCUGGACACAGUUGCCAAUGCGUGGUUCUGGAUUGCCCUUUUCUUCCAGCUUCUUGCUAGCUUUGGUUUCCUUCUCUUUUACCGCCGUGAACAGCUCAAUCGGCCAUAG